AUGUGCGAAUCCGAGAACAGCACCGGACUCAUAAGCGUUGUGAAAUCUACCUGCAAGUGGGAGAUAACCGACUUCUAUCUCAGCGAGACUGUGGGGCAACGCUUGGAGUCGCCUCUCUUCACCACAGAUGAAUAUCAGUGGCAGUUUUGGCUGUACCCGAAAGGAUACACUCAGGAGCACAAGGAUUACAUGUCACUUUACAUAGUGGCUCGCAAUGCCUCGAGUGUGGAAAUGAAGUAUUCGCUUUCUAUCUUGAAUCAGAAGAACGAAAAGUUCUUCAUGCUGAAUUUUAGAAAGGAACUGUUCGGCCCCACCGAAAACAAAGGACGUCACAGAUUCAUCAAGCAGGAGUUGGUGACAGACGUGAGGAAUGGUUUGUUGGUGAACAACAAGCUCACGAUCUUGUGCGAAAUCGUUCCGGACACCACUGACUACGUCGAAAAACACACGGAGGACGUGGAGCCGAUUCGGGAAUCAGAAAAGAAAGAAGAAAAACAGUUUGUUAAUCUCAACAAGUUUGAGAAGCUCCUCAACAAUCAGAAAUUCAGCGACGUCAAGUUUGUCGUCAACGGCGGGGAAUGCCACGCUCACAAGUGCAUACUCGCGGCCAAUAGCGAAGUUUUCGCAGUCAUGUUCGAGCACGAUAAUCAUGAACCUGAACCGUACGUUAUAGAAAUAAAGGACAUCAGUUGCAAUGUCUUCAUAGAAAUGCUACGGUUUGUUUACACUGGACGGGUGAACGAUAUGGAUCGAAUAGUCAAGAAUCUUUUGACCGCAGCUGAUAAGUACGCGAUUGAGGAUUUGAAGGCGUUUUGCGAAAAGAAUCUGGGCGACCGGAUAACAACGGAUAAUGCAGUCGAUUACCUUAAUUUAGCGGAUCUGUACAACGCUGAUAAUUUAAAGACGCAGGCCAUAAACUUCAUAAUAUCGCACGGCAAGGAGAUGAUCGAUAAGCCGGAAUUCAAAUCCAUAGCGCAUCUGCACGAAGACGUGAUCGUACAGGUUUUUCGCAACGUAUUUGUCAAAUGA